AUGUCGUCGUGGGUUGUCUCCACCACCGAACUGUGCGAUUGUGGCGCCAAAGGUGCCAAAACCCCAUCCGCAUCCGCAUCGUCGCGACGUCACACGCGUCUGAUCCUGCUGGUGUGGCAAAAUCUCGCCGAGAAAUGCCACAAGUUCGGUAGUUUUCUCCGCCGCGAAACGAAUAAGCCGCUGCCCAAAGAAAUGAGGCGAUCGUUACGUCUUAACAAAUCGGCCCGCCGGAAAGGCUAUCGGAGUUGCGAGAGCGAGGCAGAAAAACGGCUAAUUGAAGAGCGUCUGAACGAGCCCGGCAACAUAUACAUUCGCAUGGGACCUGCCUACGACUUUAGGCCAUCGAAUUGCUGACCGAUCGGCCAAAUUACAUAAGGAUAUAGUUCUUCGAAUUUCGUAGCUCUGUUAACUUCGAACUUAGCUUAAGAUGUAAUGUUACUGUUAAGUGGCCGCUGUAAACUGUUAUCAAAAGUUGCAUUAUUUACCCUACUUUACACGAAUGUCGUAAGCUCUGCAACAGCUGAUGAAAUCGUAGAGCUUUACAGAGCAACGAAAGCUCUGUGUUACUCUUAAGCUCACAACAAAAGUUUAUUGACGCGACUUUGUGCAUUACAUUCGAGUAUAUUAACUUUUUCAAAAAGAAUAUGUAAUUAGUAAUAUAUACAAUUUAAAUCGGAUUGUUAGGCACUGCACCACAAACUUUUGGGACCAGCAUUGUUUUAAUAUAAAAAGAAAAACCAAUAAAUAAUUUAACAACUAACAUAAGUUAUC